AUGGGAAAACCUAAGAUUGGUUUUGUGCGUGGUGAUUGUACGAACAUGAGAUUUGUUUCAUGUCGUGUGAUUGGAGAACAUGAGAUUUGUUUUGUGCCGUGUGAUUGGACGAGCCUGAGAUUGGUUUCGUGCCAUGCUAAGCUGAUGAGAUUUCAGUUUAGCGUUGUUGAGAUUAUGUGA